AUGGCUGCCGUUAAGCCCGCCUUCACGGAAGAGGUCAACCAGGACCCAACUUCUCUGAGGCCACAGCAAAAUAAAGUAUCAGAAGAGGAAGACCAGCAGGAUGGUGUUCGAGUCGCCGAAGCCGUCACUAAAACGUGGUCGAAGAAGUACCUGAUCACCGCAUAUGCUAGUAUGUGGUUGGUAUAUUUUAUCAAUUAUCUCAAUAGCAGUUUGACCUCCAACCUGUCGGCGUAUAUUACAAGUGGCUUCUCAGAGCACUCCCUGCUCUCCGUCAUCUCCGUCAUCACCAGCGUCAUGGGUGCGGCGUGUUUAAUGCCAAUCGCUAAGGUUCUGAACCUGUGGGACCGUACAACCGGGUUCAUCAUCAUGAUCUUAAUUGCUAUCAUGGGUUUAAUUAUGAUGGCUGGUUGUAGCAAUAUUGCGACCUAUUGUGCUGCCCAGGCAUUCUAUACCGUCGGUUUUACCGGAGCGAUUUUCUGUAUUGAUGUCAUGACCUCCGAUACUUCAUCACUUCGCGACCGAGGCAUCGCUUUUGCGUUUACCUCUUCACCUGGCAUGAUCACUGCGUUCUCAGGCUCGCCUCUGUCAAACCAGUUCCAUGAGACAAACUGGCGUUGGGCUUACGGUACAAUCUGCAUCGUCCUCCCUAUCGUCGCCUCGCCCUUGAUAGUGGUAUGGCAAUUGGCCAAAAGAAAGGCGACCAAGGAGGGUACACUCCAGUACAAGCCUCGGAGCACGCGAACUUGGCUGGACAGCAUUUGGUUCUAUGUCAUUGAAUUCGACAUUAUCGGAAUCUUCCUUAUGAUCGGCGGCACAAUUCUCUUCCUGACUUCUUUCAACAUUGCCGGCAACACCCAAGGCCAAUGGAAGUCUCCCAAAAUCAUUGCCAUGAUGGUAGUAGGCUUUUGCAUCCUAGUAGCCUUCGCCGUCUACGAGCGCUGGCUAGCCCCGAAGCCCUUCAUCCCAUACCAUCUCCUGGUAGACCGGACAGUCAUUGGUGCUUGUCUAUUAGACGUCACUUACCAGGUUUCCUACUACUGCUGGGCGAGCUAUUUUACAUCCUACCUACAAGUAGUAUACAACACUAGCCUUACACAGGCCGGAUACAUUAGCGCAAUCUUCGAUUUCAUGGACCCAAUUUGGCUCAUUGGCUGUGGUUUCUGCAUUCGCGCAACCGGCCGCUUCAAAUGGCUCCUGUGGUUCGCUGUCCCGCUGUACCUCCUCGCCAGCGGACUGAUGAUCUACUUCCGCAGCCCGGGCCACAGCAUCGGGUAUCAGUGCAUGUGUCAGAUCUUCCUCGCUGUUGGAGGUGGAACACUUAUUUUGAUUGAACAAAUUGCUGUUAUGGCUGCGUCCACGCAUGAAGAGUAUGCUGCUAUGCUGGCGCUGUUGAGCACCUUUGGAAACAUCGGUGGUGCUGUUGGAAGUAGUGUGUCGGGUGCUAUCUGGACGAACACGCUUCCUGGCAAGCUGCGCGAGUUACUACCAGCUGAGUUGAAGGACCAGUGGUCCACGAUAUAUGAGGAUUUGGAAGUACAGUUGAGCUACCCCGUUGGGUCGCCUGCUCGUAUCGCCAUCCAGAAUGCUUAUGCGUUCAGUCAGAGGAACAUGAUGAUUGCUGGUACUGCAGUUAUGGGACUCUCGCUGGCUUGGGUGGCUAUUAUGAGAAAUAUCAAGGUGCACAAUGAUAAGGACCUGAACAAGGUCCUUUUUUAG